CGAAGCGUCUGGCGCUGGGGGCGUGGUGACGGCCGCGGGCCAAUGGGAGAAGGCGGGUUGGUGCAACAGUUACCGGUCAAUGGUGGGAGGCGAGGCGAGCGUUUCGAGCUGCUGAGAAGAUUGAUGCAGCAAGAUAUUCGGGGAAAGAAACUGCUGCAGCAAUCAAUCAUCACAAUCAUUACAAAGGCACAAAUACUACAUUUAAAAACAGAUGUUGGGUGCUUGAUGCCCCGUAAAAAGAAGCUCAGCCAAUCCAAGAAACCAGCCUUGCUGUUCCUGGAGAGUCCACUAAAGAAAGAAAAGUACAAGGAAGUCUCGUCUCUACCAUCUGCAGUAAACCCCCGCCAAGUUUCCUGUAUACCUGUUGACCAGAGAUCUGCAUUCACGUGGGUGCUGCCAGAGUUUGAUACUACAACACCAAGAUGCAAACAAAAAUCUAAUAGAGUGAAACAUCAUAAAGUCUACAGCAAACAGAGUGUUUCAUCAAAACCAGGUUCUGGGAGAAGGAGUUUUGUUCCUUUGACAUUUCUUGGUAAUGGAGGGAUACCUGUUCAGAAGGAAAACCACAAAGUUGAAUUUAGCACCUGUCAGAAUGUUAAAACCAGUGGAAAAGUUGCAUUCAGAACAAAUAAAACAUCAUUCUUGGGAAGCAAGAGCCAAUGGCGUAAAGUUAACACCUUUGGAAAAGCUCAGAAUUUAGAUGCACUGGACAAGCAGAAAUAUAGUCUAAGAUCUGCAGCAAAGAGAAGUUUGGUUGGCAAAAGUACAGCUGGGAAUAUACCUGUGAAAAGAUCUAGUUUCUGCCAUCCAUUGAAUUCAAUCAACAAGCAAAUGGGAGUAGACUCAGAUGAAACAGAAAUUUCACUUUCAGAGCACUCAUCUCAGUCAUCUGAUGAGUUCACUUUACCGCAUGUUAGCACUCCCACAGCUGAUGGUAUGCCCUCACCAGCCGCCUUCCAGAAAAAUAUUUGUAGUGUACUAAGAAAUAAUGAAUUGAAUAAACGCAAUAUAACUCCUCUCCCUUGUGGACUGUUAGAUUGCAUAGACAAGUGUUCUGGACUAAAUGACUUUUCUGACAAAGCUACAUCAGCAGAUGUUUUUGUCCAGGACACACCAGAACAUGAAUAUGGACUCAAAGCAACUUGGCGAAGACGGCCACAUAUCAUGCAGUACCUGAAAGACCAUGGAAAAUUGACCAGCACUAAUGUGCUUGUUGGCUCUUAAAGUUGCAUUCUCGGUCUUGUUUUGUUAAUGUAGAUUGCAAUCUGUGCAUUUUAAAAAAUUACCACUUGAAUUGUGAUUAAAACAGUUUAUGUGAAGUGAGAAUCUGUAGCAGGAUUACCCUUUAAAUGGUAGCUGUGAACGUUGCAGUGCAGUUUAUUUAAAACUUUCUCAGAGUUCAAAACAACAUUUUAAUUUACAACUUCUACACCUUGCAGAUUUGGACAGCGUUGUCCCAGAUUCAAUUUCAAAUGUCUGAUGAUGAAGUGUUAUGUUCAGUUUCGUAAAAAGAAAAUUCUCUUUGCCUGAUGUCCACUAUAUUCCUGUGUUACAGUCCUGUUUUAAAUGGUUAUCCGGCUGUCUGUUAAAGGAAUUUUGUUUUAAUUCCAGAUUGUUAAAGUAACAGUAAUUUGGUCUUCAAGCUAAGAGCCCUAUCAGUAGGUUUAGUCAGUUUCUAAGGAGUAUUGAUUUUGUCAAUAAAACUGCUUGAAAUCUGGAAAUUGGUAAUUUCAAGUAAGCUUCAAUGUAAGAAAUUAAAACAUUACUGUACCUGUUUUUUCUAAAAUUAAUUUUACCAUUCCUUUCUAUUGAAUUAUGGUGACACUCGCCAAUUUCACACCUCUUGAAUAUGUACUUUACAUAAAUCUUUCACAUCAAUGUACAGUAAGGUGAAAUAAAAUUACCAAAAUUAAAGUAGAACGUUGUGAAUAUUUCCCUUUAAAGUGUUAUUCAGAAAUGAGUCCAAACAGUGCUUGGUCUUAAUCCUUUUAAUAAGAUGUUUAAAUUUGUUUUUGUGGCCUUUCAUCUCAUUUAUUUAAGUUAGUAUGCAAAAUCUAGUAUAGGGAAAAGAACAAGGAAAUGAGACAGAAUUUUACAAAUCAGUAUAGAAUCUGUAGCCAGAUUCUCUGAUAGUCUGCUGUCAAAAUUUAUGUAAUUCAAUGCGGAUGUACAUGUGUUUCUCAAUUACUGGUUGUCUGAUUUAAAGUGUCAUUUUGAUUUCUUGCCUUUCUCUUGCUGCUAAAUUGCUGGAUAUGAUAGGUUAAUGGGGAAUUUUAAUUUUACCUUUUAUGGUUGAGAUCCAGAUGUGCUAUAGUUUAUAUAAUAGAUUCACAAGGAUAAAAUUUUGGAUACCUUGCAAAAAAUCAUUAAAAAUUCAACAUUUUUUCCACUUACUGUUGCUGAGGAAAAUUAGCUAACCAGUUCCUACUGAAAUAAUAGAAAAUUUGCAGUAGGAGGCCCUUUGGUCCAUCCUGCCUGACAUACCCAUUCAUUCCAUUUUAAACCAAGUGUUCCAUUUUAAGCCCUUGCAGAUCAUGAUGUGUAUUCUUGAAGUACACAUCCAGGCAUUGUAAAUUGCAGUGUGGGUUUCUGUUUUUAACCAUAUAGUGAUUUUUUUUUCUCUACCCACAGAGUAUUUCCUCAUUCUUCCUAUUUCUUUAAGUCUAUGCUCCUACUUUGUUUUUUAUGCCUCACUGAAGGGCAAGUGGUCCCUCCUGUUUAUCUAAUAAUGUAGAUAUACAAUAUUUUAAAUUUAAGUAUUUCUCUGACUCUUUUGUUAUUUAAAGAAAACUCGGACCAUCUAAUCUUUCCUCAGCUAAUGGUUCUUAAUGCUGGCAGCAUUGUAAAUCUCCUCCUCUUGUCUUUUAAAAAAAUAUCAUGCCUUAGCUAAUAGAAAAAGUAUCCCAUAUGUUUCUUUUUAAGCAACUAGCUGUCCUGUUCUAUUUUUUUUUAAAGGAUAUGUGAACUGACAAUACAAGGAACUUGUGUCUCUUAAUAACACUCCAAAUCUUAUCUUGAGUACUAUAUGUUGCUUGCAUUGUGCAGCACUGCAUCAAAUUCCAUUUGACAUGUUUUGGCCAACUGAUAAGACUCGCUAUAUCCGCUAGCUUUCCCCUUCCUUAUGGUCAAAUAUUGUGUUAAGCCUUGUGGAAUCGUACAGGUAACAGCCUGGUAACCAUUAUCUUUUGGUUCCUUGACUGAGCCAAUUUUCUGGACUGCCUUGGAUGCCAAUGUUCCUUUGCUUUUUGUGAUUGGUAAGAUCAAUGUAGAUAUACAUCAUAUGAACUGCCCACAUCAAGCUUAUUAUGAAGGGGAGAAAAAAAUGGCAGAUGGAGCCUGGUCAGAAGAGUAGGGAAGUAGAGGCAGAGGUUGUAAAGUGGUAAGUGGAAAUACACACACAUAACUCUGCAUUAUUGGUGCCAAUACAUGCUGUAGCUCUCUGAGUAAAGUGAUGAAUGGAUUUUGCAUGUGUGGCUCAGUCACCGGCUGAUAGAAUGCAAUGUGCCACUGAUCCCUUUCCUGUAUACAAAUUCAUUGAUAAACAAGACUUGAUCUUUGGUUGUCAGUGUUAGAGGGCUGAAACAACUUGUUGCUGUGCCUCGAAGCUGGGAAGUGAGUGGGACCAGACUAGACUACUCAUGUGACAACUGAUUUGCUUCCACUUGGUGUCUCAGCAUAGCACAUAUUGACAGCUUAUGAAUGUGAAGAAAAUAAUGAAAAAAUAAAAAAUUCAUAGAAUAUGCACGUAUAUUUUGCUGCAGCAUAUUACUCACUAACCAUUAUUGAAUGGGUGGAUUAUUAAGAGAUAUUACCACUUGAAAGUACACAUUUCAACGUAACAACAUAGUCUUUAUUGAUUUUGUACCUCACCUGAACAAUACCCUAAAUGCCAUCUGCCUUCAUCUGUUCCCAUCGUUUACUUCUGUUGCUCUCCAAAGUCAUGCAGUUCAUGGUCCAGCAAAUUGUGAACUUUUUCAAUCCUGUUUUUAAUCUCUUGCACUUCAUUUUGCAUAAUUGUUCCUGGACUAUCACAAAUUUGUUUCUGCAUACUCUCUUCCCAUCUUUAUGGUCUUUAAGCUCUUUUAACAUUUUUGUGGUAAUAAACCAGAUUCUUUCAACUAUGUUGUCAUAUUCUCAUUUCAGACAGUUGAACUUGUAUCCUCCCCAUUUCCACACAUUUCUCCAGUAUGCAGCCUAAAUCAUAUAUGCUUUUAAAUAUAUGGUCUCAG